UGCUCAAAAACAUGUGGUACAGGAUAUCAGUUUCGUCCCAUUGAAUGUCGAAUUCGAAGCAAAACGAGCAACUUCAGUGCUGAAGCAAGUGUGCAGACAAGAAUGUGUAAUGGGUUGACGCGACCAUCAGUGAGCAAGGAAUGUGCUAUAAAUCCAUGUGAUGCUAAAUAUCGUUGGUCUGUUGGCCCUUGGUCGCAAUGUUCGGCAAGUUGCGGUUUAGGCUUUCGAAGGCGUCGCGUACGAUGUCUUGACAGAGAUGGUCGGCGAGUAUCUCGAGAUUUGUGUGAUCGCAGUCCGGAUAGACCGAAAAGACGAGAAAGUUGUUUUCUAAGGAACUGUUUGCCGGGUGAUUGUGCAGAGUUGAAAGCAUAUAAUACACAGGAGAACAAUGUCGAUGGCAAUUACACUGUUUUGGUGGCUGGUUUUCGUAUCACCGUUUUUUGUCAUUUAAUGAAUGAAACACUACCAAAAACAUAUAUCAAUGUGAACAGCGAAACUAAUUUCGCUGAAAUUUACGGCAAAAGAUUAUUGUACCCAUUUACGUGUCCUCAUAAUGGGCAACGUAAUGACACAUGCAUGUGCACAGAUGACGGUAGUGCAAGUGCUGUUCACGAUCAUACAUUUGCAACGACAUCACAUGGUGAAGAAGUUGCAUUUGCAACAGCGGGUGAUUGUUACAGCGCUGUUGAUUGCCCACAGGGUCAAUUCGGCAUUGAUUUACGAGGAACGGGUCUCCGAGUGAUGGAUGACCUUCGAUGGAUUGAUCAGGGGCAUCGAACAAGUUCGAGAAUCGAACGCUCCGAUAAUAAUGCACGGAUAUUUGGACGUUGUGGCGGCUAUUGCGGUCAGUGUAGUCCAGACAAGUUCAAAGGUUUAAUAAUUGAAAUUGACCAUAAGCAAAAUCUGAGUGUCGGUGUUGGAUAA